GUGACGUGCGACUCUGCCUCAGCCUCAGAUUCGAGAGUCACUGACCCGUUUAUACCCUGCCUCCUUCAGCUGCUAUGAGCAACAACCCUGGAACACCACAGCAUCGUUCUCAAACGUCCACAUCGAGUGGAUCGCCUGCGUCCACUCUAGACUCUGAAACCCCACUGCAACCGCCGCGGUCACAUGAAUCGUCGCGAGGUUUAUCACUCCGUAACAGUAUAUUCUCUGGUUCAAGUUCCUCGGUCAGUCCUGGUACACCAAUCUCCCGAAAACCAGUGAUUCGGUCGGACCCUUCCAUUAUAACAUCCUUCGACCCUGCUGAUAAAGAGCUGUACGACUUAUGGGCACCGAAAUCCUAGGUACAUUGUAUCUGUUUUGCUGACUACAAAGCAGUUUACGUGUCUCCGAACUGAUCAUACAAUAUAAUGGAUCAGGAAGAUUGAGCAUAUUGGAAUUCUCAGGCAAUAGCGAGGAAGGUAGCCAUGGAGCAGCAAUGGUACAGGGUUCGGACAUGGAAGCAACAGACAAAGCGAGAAGAACAAGAAAGAUGAUUGGAAGAUAAUAUGUAUACAUGUUCAAACUGCCCUUGGCCUUACUCACCUCCACCGGCCAGUUCCAAAA